AUGUAUAAAAAAUUGUUAAUAUUAGCGAUUCUGACACUUUCCAGCGGAAUCCUCAUAGCGGCUCAAACUAAUGAACGAGAUGAAGCCCAUUGUUUCAAGUUCACGUGGCUUGGCCAUCGGUUCAACAAUGAAAGUGUAAUUCUAAACGCAACAUGUCAAGAUGCUACGAGGUUGGCGCAAAAUAUACCGUGUGAGCUACCACUGGUUGCAUCGUACGAUGGAUCUUGGCCGGAUGUUGAAUACAUAUGGGCCCAUCAUUCUGAGAUUGCGACAUGUGUACUAGCCGAUAACGACGUUUGUGCCCGAUACACAUAUUAUUUUAAUGGUCUCGCCGAAAAUUCUACAUAUAUGUGUACAAGAGCUAUCGACGCAAACGAUACGGCUAUCACCAACGGCUGUUACGAACAAACAAGAGGCAGUUACUCAACCAGAGUAUGUCUCUGCCGCAGCGUCCCGGGUGCCAUCCCCUGUAACUCUGCAACUAUGCCUUAUUUAUUCCCAGUGUUAUCUCUUAUAACGAUUAUAAUUUUGUUAAUGUAC